UAGUAAUGAGUGUGUUAAACGCAAUGGAAACCUUAUAAAGUGGAGUGACCUGACAACUUCUAGUAUUUUGACAAGCUAAACUGUACAUAAAGCAAAGCUUUUGGAAUAUCAGGCAUUUAGGAAAUAUCUAAAGAAAUUGGAAGUUCAAUGAGGAAAAGGGAAGUUAAAGACAGGAUGAAAAAUUCAAGGGUUAGCCGAGUUUCCAAUUCGACAAGCUGAUUAAUGCUGAUGAUCUUGCAGAUUAUUCGUCAUUCAAAAAAGGGUUGGAUUUCUUGCCAUAUCUCCUUGAGAAGUGUAAGCUGUCCGGACAUCCGAGUUUCGGUUGCAUCCGCACCGAACACUAGCUAUUGUACAAUUGUAUUUUUAUAAAACGUUAGAAUAUACAUGUGUUGAAUGGACCUAUAAUUUGUCUGGAAACCUAUAUAAUUCAGUCUUGUUAAGAAAGAGUCAUACGGUAUGGACAACUCUGAACAAGACUCGACAACAGUCCAAAACAAGAGUGCAGUCAACACAGAUUCGGAUCAUAAUGAGGAUUCUGUGGACUCGACACCAACGCGGAAAAACACGGACCGAAAGAGUUUAGUGAUAAUGACAAGGAAUGAUUCUACAAAGGGAUCUGAACAUCCCAGUGUCAAGUACAUUCGGCGCAGAGAAUCUGGUCAAAGUUCGGUCAUUCGAAGUAGAAAGAGUCUUAGAGACUCCAACCCUAACCAGAGUCCAGGAAGUGAAUCCAGGCAUCCAAGUUUUCGGCGCAUGCGCAGUUCCAGUCUUAGUUACCCUCAUCAUGAUUCUGCAGUGUCCGCAUUUAUCGACGAGCUUAAGUUACCCCCUACUCUAAAAGCAGAAGAAGUUCCAUGGUGGACGUCAUGGAGGGUACGCUUCUCUGGUCUCUGCUUUAUAGGGUUCUUUUUCCUUUACGCCCAAAGAGUCAACCUCAGCAUUGCUAUUGUCUGUAUGGUUAGGACAGAACUUGCAGCAGCUAACACGAUAUAUCAAUCAAACAUUACAAACAUUUCAAUUUACGAUAUACUCACUGAAAACGUCACCAAGAGCAGUGUGAUAGAAGAUCCACCCAAUGUGGCCAGAAAAUGUCCAGUACCGCCUGCCUCUAAGACAGAGGAAGGUGAGUUUACUUGGGACAAAGCUCUUCAAGGUGGAAUUCUAGGAGCCUUCUUUUGGGGAUACACAGUGAUGCAGAUUCCCUCAGGAGUUCUUUCGGAACGCUUUGGGUCUCGCCGUAUUAUUUUUGCAGGAAUGACUUUGGUUUCUGUGUUGACUCUUCUGACCCCUGUCCUUGCUCGAGGAAGUCCUUACUUGCUUAUUAUAACACGUGCCCUUAUUGGAAUAGGCGAAGCUACAAUGUAUCCAGGCGCACAAGUGUUUUGGGCAAAAUGGUCGCCCCCACAUGAACGAAGCAGGCUUGUAGCAUUUGCAUUUGGAGGGACCCAGCUUGGAAACGCUUUGGCAUUUCCAAUAUCAAGUCUUCUUUGUGAAUAUGGUGGCUGGCCAUCUAUUUUCUAUUUUCUAGGAUCCUGUUCGUUAGUUUGGUCGUUAUUAUGGGGAUUCCUUGCCAGGGACAGCCCAGGGGAGAUGCCAAAUAUAACAGACGUCGAGAAAAAAUAUAUCGAACACUCGCUUGGAAAUGACCACAAUUCACAGCAUGCUAGUUUAAGAAAAAAGGGUAAGCCCUGGAAAUCCAUUCUGACGUCACUUCCUGUUUGGGCCAUUCUUGUGACCAAUGCAGCAGGAAACUAUGGUGCUUAUAUGCUGUUAACUCAGAUGCCUACGUACCUGAAAGAAGUUCUUAAAUUCGAUAUCAAAUCUAAUGGCAUUUAUUCUAUGAUACCGUACCUGGCAUUCUGGGUAACAAUCAUUGUGGCCGGAAUACUUGCCGACACACUUAUUUCAAAGGAUAUUCUUAGCAUUAAAUGGACAAGAAAGCUUUUUUGUGCUAUAGGACAGUUCGUCCCAGCAGCCUUUCUGAUUGGUUUAGGUUAUAUGACGUGUUUCCAACAAGAGUCUGCUAUUGCCCUCCUAACGUUGUCUCUGGCAUUUUGUGGAUUCCAAUUUCCGUCCGUUUUCGUCAACCAUGGCGACAUCGCCCCCAAUUAUGCGGGUACUAUUUUUGGGAUCACCAACACUGGAGCUAGUAUCCCGGGAAUAAUCGCGCCAUACGUGGUAGCAUCUAUAACUGUCAAUAAAACACAAAAAGAGUGGCUUGUAGCUUUCUAUAUUGCGGCUGUAAUCUACUGUUUGGGAGCCAUUUUCUUUCUGAUUUUCUCUGACGGAGAAAUUCAAGACUGGGCCAAGGAUGAGGAUGAAAUAGAGAUGAUUGAAGAAAAAGUGGAGGAACCACUACAAGACUUGGAGGAAGUUCCGGAGGAUGACGACGUCUUUCAGAAUACCAAUAAAUAACAUCUUAACACAUCUCUCUCGCCCUAUAUUGAUGCAGAAUUGCAUGAAAUCAGAGUACAAAAUAUUUACGUAAAUGACACUAUAGCUGCUUUGCUUGAUCGAGGAAAUCAUUAUUAGUUAGAUACCUGAUAAUGAUUCAUAUAUUACUAAAAGUAAGAGUGCUGACAACUGAAAUACUGGUUGAGAUAAUCAUUCCAUUUCUUUCAAGUUGUAGAACUUAAG